AUGAAACUCGCUGCCAUCGUCUCUGCUGCUGCUCUCGCUGCCGUCACCAAGGCGGACAUGUGCGACGUGAAACCGCUCCAGGAGGUUCUGGUCUCGCCGGACACCAAAACGUGCGGUGAAGAGUCCGGUUACGUGGUGACCUCGCUCAAAACACCUACCGAAGCCCAGCUGAACGUCAUGUGCCCCAUCGCUGCCUGCCAAUCGGUUCUGUCGCAGAUCAAAAAGCUCGCCCCUAAGGAGUGCGAGCUAGGCGCCUUCUUGCUGUACGAUGACCUGAUCAACCCGAUGACUGACUACUGCAAACGUGCUGGCUCGUUGAAUGAUGGUCCUAUGGGCCCGCCUGACACCACUGUGAAGUCCGAUAACGCGUCUCCGAAUCCCACGACUUCCAAAGUUACGGAACCGGACUCGAAAGCCCCCACGACCUCGGACGACCAUACGUAUGCUUUUACGCCAGAUGCUAAGGACGACACCGCUGUCAAGCGGGGCCCUGACUCGUCAGAAAAUGGUAAGGAAACCGCCACUGUCAAGCAGACAUCUGGCUCGCCAGAAAAUGGCAAGGACGACGCCACUGUCAAGCAGGGCCCUACCUCGUCAGAAAAUAGUAAGGACGACGCCACUGUCAAGCAGGGCCCUACCUCGUCAGAAAAUGGUAAGAACGACGCCACUGUCAAGCAGACCACUUCCUUGCCAGAUAAUAAGGACGACACUACCACUCCCACGCCAGAUGCUUCGGACGACAACACUGUCAAGCCAGUUACUACCCCGACAGGUAACUCGGACGACGGCCCGGCCGAAACGACAUCGGGCGCCACCAGUGUCAGUAUGGUUGCCGUCUGGGCAGGUGUUUUCGUGGUCACCGUGACCACCACCAUUCUCUAG